UAGGGCCUGAGGUGUGGGGUAAGGAGAGGGUGAAGAGAGAGAGAGAGAGAGAGAGAGAGAGAGAGAGAGAGGCGGAGGCUGUUUUCAUCAAAGGACCUCUCAGAUUCUACAAGUUAAUGAGGGAUGUAGCAGAGACCCUGAAGCCCUCAAAUCCUGACAGCUACAGACUGACGGACGGACAGGCUGAGGGACAAACAGACCUACACAGGGAAAAAAAAAAAAAAAACCUGAGGAAACAUACUCACUGAGUUGGAAAUGACGUGGCGUGAGCUACGCAGCCGGCAGUUCUGGCGUGCCAUGUUGGCAGAGCUGCUUGGCACCCUGGUGUUAGUGAGCGCCGUGUUGGGUGCCUCUGUGCCCGGGCCUGGAGAGGCCCCCGGGGGACCUCUUUAUCCAGCAGUAGCAGUGGGUGUGGUGAUUGUUGCACUAGCACACUGUUUUGGAGAAAUAAGUGGAGCACAGGUGAACCCUGCAGUGACUCUGUCUCUGUUGGCCACUCGGAGGCUGGAUGUUCUCAGGGCCCUCGUUUAUAUUGUUGCACAGUGUUUGGGGGCUUCUUUAGGAGCUGGGGCCCUCUACUUAGCCCUGCCACUCAAGACCACCGCAGACCACUUUGUCAACAGGGUCCCUUUAGAGUUGAAUGCAGCCCAGGCUCUGGGCAUAGAAGUUUUGUGCACCUUCCAGAUGGUCUUCACUGUGUUCUCAGUGGAGGAUCAGAGACGCAGGGAAAGCCCAGAACCAGGAAACCUGGCCAUUGGAUUAGCACACUCUGCUGGAGUGCUAAUAGGGGCACGGUUCUCUGGUGCAAGUAUGAAUCCUGCCCGUUCUCUGGGUCCAGCCAUCAUCACCGGAUUCUGGGAAAACCACUGGGUUUAUUGGAUCGGACCAGUGCUUGGUGCCAUACUGGCUGGAGUGUCCCACGAGUUCUUCUUUGCACGCAGUGCGUCUCGCCAGAAACUGGUGGCAUGUCUGACAUGUAGGGAUAUCGAGAUUGUGGAAACUACCAGCAUGACCGGAUCAUCGCUGUCCACAGUCACACAGAACGCCAUGAGAGCAAAGCAGGCCAACAAACAAGAAAACAACUGAGGACACAUGCAUUAAAAACACACGUACAAACUUACAUUCUACAUACAUUUUGGUAAUGUUUGUAAUGUUACAGUGAUUCAUCAGUUCAUCUGUCAUGUUGAUCAGAUUUGACUGUAACAAAAGGGAGCAAUAUUUAUGAAAAUAUGAAUAGAUUCUAAUCCAUUUAGAAUUAAUAACAUAUGGUGUAAUCCCCUGCUGUUCCUGUUAAGUGUCUUAGAGAAAGACACUGAACCUAAAAUGCAUCUUGUGAUUAAUCUGCCAUUGAUUUUCUCAAUUAAUCAUUUUUUUCUAUUUUUUUUUUCAAGAACCAAAGAUGAAAUAUUCACAUCUUGUUGUGUUUUUGCAUUUUCUUCCCGUCAAUUAACCGACUAUUCAUCCUGGCGCUGUAAAAAUGGGUGCUGCUUUGAACAAAAGAAUCUGGAAAACGAUAGUAAAGUACAAUAUUUCUCUGUUACAAGUAGAUGCUCUGAAUUGUACAUGUAGAAACAUAUUAGUGAAGAAUGGCGUGAGAUUAUUCAUGCACAAAAAUCAGUCAAAGUAUGUAUACUUUGCUUUAGAUAUUGUCGAAAGGUCUGCCCGUCACUGUGGUGAAACAAAGUCUUUAUUUUAGUGGAUUUCUACCCCAAAGCAAACAUAUUUUUAGUUGGAAAUGGAAUCACACUAAGUAGCAGGAUAACUACAGCUGAAAGAUUAAUGUGGCUGAGUGAAAAACUAUGUUAUUAUCUUAGAAAACAGUGGGGAAUAUGCAGAAAAGCGCAAAAUUGAAAUAAUUCAUCUACUAAGUGUCACUACCCGAAAACUACCUCCAGUGACCUGUGAACGGAAACAGUUUAAAAUCAAACUAUCCCUGGCUUGUUUAACAGUCACUGACAGAUGACAGACAUUUAUGGAAUGAUGGUAAAGGCUAGAUAUUGAUAGCUAACAUUAGCUAACAUUAGCCACGGUUUGCUACUGGUCGUUCCUGACUAGAUGAGGGGUAACAGCAAAACCCAGAAGUGUAUGUACUUGAGUCAUGGUAUGUUUUAUCACUCAUGAAUCCCACUUUUUUCCCACUUUGUUAAAGAAAGAAAGUAUUAUUUCUUCAUUUUAAAGUUACAUAGUCUUGUUUACAUAAGCUACAUCAUCUGCAGGUGUCCAGUGGUGUCCAUUAUUUUCCAAGAAAUCACAGUAAAUGUUAAACUUGCAUGUCACAAGGUGACAAAGGGAAUGUAAGUUUCAAGCAAUGUCUGUGUUCACCUAGAACAUUUCAGUGAAUCAUUCUUUCAUUGUUCUUGCACUGAAACAUUAGUAGCACUCUGGAGAUUCACUGUGUUCUAUGAAUUCUGGCUAAAAUGAGUCUUUGCUGUUAUUAUAUUGCACAUGUGAGGAGAAAUUAAUGUGGAAGCUGCAUUUUAAAGGGGGUUAUUGGGACCUUUGAGGUCCUGGUUGCUUGUCAUAAAGGUGUAGCCAAUAGUGCAAGAUUCUGUAUUGUUAGUUUCACAUUUGCACAUCAUUAGAAUAUAUAAUGGGGGCUCAUUGAAAACCAGCUGAAAAACACCCUUAUGUUUGCCAUUUUCAGUUGCAUCCUGUGUCUCUGAAUGCUUUGAAAUGCUAAAAAGGCCCUUGCCCUGCACUGUGGGUUCAAUGAUGCUCUCAAUCAGUCCAACAUCUCUCUCAUGUCUGUGCCUGUUAGCAGCCGUCUCUUCUCUGACGCUGGCUAUUCACAGUCAAAUGAACCUUCAUACUUCUGUAAUGGCUCUACAGAAAGAACACCUUCAGUGGAAAUAAGCUUUGUAAUUUAAAUUUGUUAAAAUGAGUCUACACGUGUGUCUAUGUGUGUGUGUGUGCAUGCAUGUUUGGGUGUGUGUGGGAGGCCUUGCUUUAUUUCGUUGUGAAACCUUUUUUCAUAUUUGCAUGGAUUUGGUAUAAGUUUUGUCUUCUCUCAAAAUAUGUUUCGCAUGUAAUUUAAAGAGUCGGUUCACCCAGGUUACAAAAAACUCACACAUUUUCUCAGUAACCUCUAGUGGUGUUUAGUCAUGCAGAUUUAGUUUUUGAUAUCCAACAUACUUGAUACUACUAGCGAUAAGUAUUUGUGUGGGGUUUUUUUUUAAAUUUGGAUUGAUUGACCCUUUAAAAUCAACAUUUAAUGUAAUAAACAGUAUAUUUAUCUUGUCAUUUAUUUGAAUAAUUGAGCUAUAACAUGCUGUGCACUGUAUUAAAGUCUAUAAUAAAACCAUUUUAGCAGUCAUUGUAACUUGAAUGCACACAUGCUCAUACGUAAACUAUUCACUCACACACAUCAUGGACAAUAGCUAUUAACUGGCACAUUGCUGCCAGCAAUUUGCAUUGUGUGUGUUCUUUCUAACAUGUAUAAAAGGGCGUUAAAACGGCAAGCUCAGCGAUCCACAUUCAUCACCACCCCCCCUUGCCCCAUAGUGAUGGCUCUCGACUGGUCAGCGCGAUGCCCCUGUGCUACUCAGUAACACCCCCCCCACACACACACCCUCUAACUCCACCCCACAUCCCGGCUGCCCUGCUGCACCUCUCACUUUCCCCAACCACACACACAAACAUUCUCACAUAAUGCAAACCUUUGCCGAGCACCUCCUAGAAACCCUGUCACAACAGAAGACACAAUCUGCUGUGUUGUGUAAAUCGUUGUUGGUUAAUAGCUUCUGGCUUUGUUUUCACACAUUCAUUUUAAACUAUUCCCGCUCCAUUGUUGUUUAUCUCCCUUGCACGUUUUUUUUUCACCUUCUGGUGUCUCCACUAUGUGUCAUUGGCUGUGAAUGAGUGCCGUAAUUGCUGUGAGGUCUGAGGCAAUGUCAAGUUCAGGCCUUCCUCAUAAUCACAGGCCUCUGUGUGCAAUGACUGCUGCCAACACAAAGGAACAUUUCUUUUUCUCCUCAUAAAGAUUACUGGUUAUCUUUGUCAGUCGUUGGAGGAAAUAUUCACUCCAGAGCAAUAAACAGAUGCAAUAAAAAUGAUCACAGGCUUUAUCUGUAGCUUUAGCAUUCAAUAUAGCAAAUGGAGGACAAUGCUUUGUUAGCUUUGAAAAUGUAUUUUUGUAUUGUCUCUGCUCAUACGUAGCCCACAUGCUUGUUACAGACAAUGGUUUCACGGGAUCAGGCAUUUCAAUGUAUAGGUCAGUUCAGCACUGUUAGCUUUGGGCACUUCCGUGCGGGGCCCCAACUGUAUUCUCUGCAUGUGUGUAUAUGUGUAUGUGUGUGCAUCUUUGUGCAUGCAUGUGCGGUUUCAGUCCUUGUCCAUCAGCAUUUAUGUCCCCGAUUAUGAGUUAUGAUAUGUCAACAGAUGACAUACGCCCUAAAGAAAACUUUCUCCUCUCAGCUCCAGCUGCUCUUUGCUGUGGUUGUUCCUCUUUGUUUCUCACUUGCCCCUGAAAAUAAGUACUUCCUGUUGUCUCUUUAUCUUUAAAAUCGUUGAACCUCCCAAUAAAUAUCUUCCAUAGAUUUGCACUCCUUCUUGUCUUAUCUGUUUCUCUUCUCAGAAAC